UGAACUCUAAGAGUUGUAGUUAAUGGUUAACUAAGUCCUGGACUGCUGUAGGUAGUCUCCUCGUGUAGGAGGCUAAUGCUGUGCCAGCAGCAUGGUGCACCUUGCACAGAGCAGGAAAGCAACCGCUAUGCUUUGAUGUAAAAAGCAGCAUGUUCUGUGCACUGACAAGAACGAACCCCAGAAGGAGGAACCUGCAGUCUGCAGCUGUGCCAAGAGCCAGCUGCUCUGCAGGGUGAGACCAGGUUUGGUAUUUCUGCCUGGGGGUAGAGGUGUGCAACCUGGCUGCAGGGUUAGUGCAGCUCAGGGUUAUCGCUGACCCAUGGCAAAAGCCCUCUGUGAGGUUCCAUGGAAUGUUCUAUUUUUGCUGGAACACGGUUGCCAGGCAGUGGCUGCAGCGAACAACAGAUCUCCUGCUGUCAGUUUGCUGUGCACACCAGCGCUGGGGAACGGCACCUCUGGAAGACUUGGCCAGAAGUCCACCCUCCUCCUGGAGAGAUGAGGCUGCUUCCCCUACAGCUGGCUCUGCUUUGAGUCUGGAUCUGGCCCAAGCACAUCUGACAUUGGUGACAUUCGGCAAGAAAAAGGGAGAGGAGAUGUGCAGGAGAAGACACACGGGAUUGGGAAAUGACCCAACAAACAUCUACUGACUUUGGCAGAUAGAGCUGGCCAUCGAUUGGGCACUUCCUUCAACGUCAUGGGGCGGGUUUCCUUUCCAAGGAGGGUGUUUCCAUCCCCUGUGUCGUCUGUUUAGGCUAUAAAAGUCUGGACUCAGCAUCUGCAAUUCAAACACCAAAAUAGAGAUGAACGGAGAAAAGCAGGAGAGCUCCAGCGUGGAGGAAGGCAGGAAGGGGAGACUGACAGUUCCACUUGCACUGGUAACGCUCAUCUCUGCCUUUGGAUCAUCCUUCCAGUAUGGCUACAACGUGUCCGUGAUCAACUCUCCAGCCCCGUACAUGCAAGACUUCUACAACCAAACCUACAUGAACAGGCAUGGAGUCUCCAUGGACGAGAGCUUCCAGACACUGCUGUGGUCCCUCACUGUGUCCAUGUAUCCCCUGGGUGGCUUCUUUGGGUCGCUCAUAGUGGGACCUCUGGUCAACAACUGUGGCCGAAAAGGCACCUUGCUGAUAAACAACCUCUUCUCCAUUGUUGCUGCAGUUCUUAUGGGAACCUCAGAGAUAGCAAAAACCUUUGAAGUAAUCAUUGUAUCCCGUGUUAUCAUGGGGAUAUAUGCUGGUCUGGCCUCCAACGUGGUUCCCAUGUUCCUGGGAGAAAUGUCCCCCAGAAAUCUCAGAGGUGCUAUUGGGGUAGUACCCCAGCUCUUCAUCACCCUCGGGAUCCUCGUAGCUCAGAUCCUUGGUCUUACCAGCAUUCUUGGGCAUGCUGAAGGCUGGCCCUUGCUCCUGGGGCUCACUGGGAUCCCGUCGGCAUUACAGCUCCUUUCAUUGCCCUUUUUUCCUGAAAGUCCCAGAUAUCUGCUGAUACAGAAGGGCGAUGAGGAUCAAGCACGACAAGCUCUGCAGCGUUUGAGAGGCUGGGAUGAUGUGGAUGAUGAGAUAGAAGAAAUGCGCCAAGAAGACAAGUCAGAAAAGGAAGAGGGACACCUCUCUGUGUUCACCCUGUGCACCUUCAGAGGCCUGCGCUGGCAGCUCAUCUCUAUUGUUGUCAUGAUGAUGGGACAGCAGCUUUCAGGGGUCAAUGGAGUCUUCUACUAUGCGGACAGAAUCUUCCUGUCAGCAGGUGUGGAGGCCAACAACGUUCAGUAUGUCACUGUGUCCAUAGGUGCCAUCAACGUUCUCAUGACUUUCCUUGCUGUUUUCAUUGUGGAGUCCUUGGGAAGGAGAAUCCUGCUGCUUGCUGGCUUUGGGUUGUGCUGCGGCUCCUGUGCAGUGUUGACUUUGGCCCUAAACCUCCAGAAUACUGUCUCAUGGAUGUCUUACCUCAGCAUAGUGUGUGUCAUCAUUUACAUCAUUGGACAUGCUAUUGGAGCCAGUCCAAUCCCCUUUGUGAUGAUCACUGAGAUGUUCCUGCAGUCGUCCCGGCCUGCUGCCUUCAUGGUGGGUGGAUCUGUGCACUGGCUCUGCAACUUCACUGUGGGACUCGUGUUCCUCUACAUGGAGGCUGGACUAGGGGCCUACAGCUUCCUCAUCUUCUGUGGUAUAUGCCUCGCCACCAUGAUCUACAUCUUCUUCAUUGUACCUGAGACGAAGAACAAAACCUUCAUGGAAAUUAACAGAAUCAUGGCCAAGAGAAACAAGGUGGAGAUUCAGACAGACGUAGAACAGAUGAUGGAUUUGCAGACUGUUCCAAGUGUGAAGGCAGACAAGCCAGAAGUUUUGGGCAGUGAUCUGUGACACAACCCAGUGCUUCGCCUGGCCCAGGUGUUUUCCAGGAUCUAUUCAGUGGAAGAAUAUGGCUCAAUUCUGACCUUCAUUCAGACUUUCUGCACAACUCCCACAGAAGUUUUCAAAUAAGCCUUUAUUCUGUCUUAAGGUUGUUCUCAUUUUGAGUAAUCAGUAGGACCACUCUGUUUUGUGGCACGGUGACUUCAGUGGCAGAUUUCCCAUUCCUUGUAUUUGUCACUAGGAAGGGGCAAUGCCUGCCGUCAGCUCAGUUCCUGUGAUUUGGGAACUGAUGUCACAGUGUGGUGCGUGCCCCUUAUGUCCUGAGUGAACCAUCUCAGGUGACACGGAACAGCACCUGGGCUGGGUUUUGGUCAGUCGUGUGCAAGGAGUGCAUUGUACUCCUUGACCAUUCCUUGAACACGAAUUUGAGGGUCCAACGUGUGUGAGGGCAGGCCUUUGGUGCUUGGUGUUCUGUGUGGAGAGUGUGUCAGAUACACCAAGGUGCUCUGAUAGAUGUGUUCCUAGAGACAUGUAUCCUGUCACCUGUACGAAGGACCAUAAGACUGGAAAUGCACGUGACUUUAAUCUCACUCCCACCCUGCUCAUCAGAUGGACUCCUGGAAAGCUAACAGUUGCUGGUGAGUCCUUCCAGAGCCUUAUUCUUGAGCUUAGGAGUGUUCCAUUGGCCCUGUGCUUAUUCAUGGGCUGCUGAUGCACAGUUGUUCCUGUGGCACUCCAGUCUUUGGAAAUAGCUCCUUUUGUUCCUUAGUGCUCUCACAGAAGCUGCCAAAGAGUUUCAGCCCCUCUCCAAAUCCUUUAAUAGCCCCCAGAGGUACACUCUGUGUAUAUGAGCCAGGUGGAGAUCAUUCCUUCCCAGAGAUGUGUGAACUUGCUGCGUGCUGGGGUCAGGUUUGGGCAGAUUCCUGUGCAGUGGCCGUGUUUCCAAGCAUGUUCAGAUCCGCCUUUAAGCACCUUGGUGUGAGACACUAGGAGUAGUUUUCCAAAGAAUUUCUCAGGGACCUGGUUUCUUGAAAAAGUUCUCAGCUGGUCUAAAGGUUGAUCCUUGAGUGGUUCCUUCUAGUUGUGUCCCUAAGGGCACAGCUCCACCUGAAGGCUGAACCGGUUUGGAGGAGCCAAGUCUGAAGAACUAGAUCUGACUCACCAGGGAAAUAAAAAUGCACACUGAUAAAUGGAGGAUUUAUUAAAGUAUUUAUUAGUGUGAAGGAUUACAGGGCUAACUCAAUUAUUUAACAUGUGGAAAUAGAGUUAAUUGUGCAAUGUUGCUGCUCUCUGUUGGGGGAAAGAAGCAGAAUGGUUCAACAGCCUGGCAUGGACUUUGGUGAUAGCCCUUUGUGUGAUGUACUUCAACUUAGGAGAUGAGCUUCAUGCAGACCCUCAAUCUUGUCUUGUGAUGUGCACCUGUUGGAAAUGAAGCUGCUCCCAUGCUCUGUCUCCAUCCACUGACAGCAAAGACUUGUCAUCAAGUGACUGUGUGGGAGCUGCAGUGCCCUUUGCAUACACCUUCUUACGUGAUACCCCUGCAGCAGCAGUGACUUGGUGAUAAAUGGAAAUAAAGCAUGGUGCAGGAAAGGCACUGAGAAUGGA